UUAUAAAUCGAAUACUUUGUGUUUAAACUUUAUGUUUCACUUUAAAGAUAACGAUGAAAAAAUUGUUUUUUAAGAUUGGACUUUUUUUGCUUUGUAUUACAACCAUCAAAAUAUUUCAUAUGACAAGUCGCUGUGAAGACCAUGGUGCACGCAACGAAAAGGAGGACAUCCCUAAUAUUUCAAUACAGACGGAUAUUUUGCAAAAACAGAUUUUAAGAAGAAAGUCACUUUACAAGUACUGCAAAUCAAAAACUCUUAGAGCAGCUGUUUCCUCGCGUUAUUUAAUCUAUUCCGAUAACGAAAAAUUACUUUAUUGCUAUAUACCAAAAGCAGCUAGCACUACAUGGAAAAGACUAUUUCUAAUAUUUGAGAAUAUAACAACAUUUGAAAAUGUUUCCAUGAUUGAUAAGAACGAAGUCCACAAACUUUAUUACAAGAAUUUGAAAGACAUUAAAAGCAAUGACGAACGAACAUUUCGUGAAAAUUAUUUUUAUUCGUUUUUGAUAACUCGACAUCCUUUCGAAAGAUUGAUAGCAACAUUUAGAAACAAGUUUGAAGACCCGUACACGUCAUUUUUUCAAAAGUUAUAUGGUUCUCGUAUACUUAGAAAAUACCGACGAAACUUACCUCGUGAUCAGAUUCGUGCUGGUGUUGGAGUUACGUUUCAAGAAUUUAUUAAAUACAUUUUAAGUACUAGGUUUUAUGACGAGCACUGGAACAGAAUGACCGACAUUUGUUCGCCGUGCAGUUAUAAGUUUGAUUAUAUAGCUAAAAUGGAAACUCUUGUUGCAGAUUCCAAAGCAAUUUUAGAAAGUACUGGAUUACAUAAAAAAUAUCCUUUUCUUGAAAAUUCAACUGACCGAUAUGAAAAAAAAACUAGUGACCUUAUAGAAUCUUACUUUUCAAAUAUAUCAAAGUCGGAUGUUUUAAAACUCUACAAAAUAUAUAAAGAUGAUUUUGAAGCUUUCGAUUAUACUAUUCCAAAAUUUCUUGACGCCAACGUGUAAUAACCUGAAUUAUUAGUUGAAAUAAAUAUUUGCAUUUAAA